UUAGUUAGGUUCACGACUUCCAGACGGGAGUGACAGCCAACUUACUUCAACUUCGUCUUGCCACAGCCCAAAAGGAACAUGCAACAAUGACUGUCCCUCAUCAUCAGUGCGUUGCUUUACGAGCUCUGUCCGUGUUGUUGUCCACCAACCUUUGAGCUGCAAGGAGACACAACCAAAUCUAUGACUUGUGCAGGAUAGGAGGAAAGAUGGCACAAGAUGAGUUGCACGAAGUGACGGCCCCUUCGUCCACUGCAGGAGACAGCAACCAACUUGGCACUCCCACCAAUGCAACCAGCCAACGGCAAAGAGAUCCCACCGAAAUUGUGCCGGAUGAACCACAGCAGCAUCAGCAUCAUCAUAUGAACCGCAAUAUUCGGUUCACAUUAUUUUACACAAUAAUUGCGUUUGCCGGUCGAUCCAUUUGGAAUCAAAGUGUUUUGGCAACCUAUGUGUUCCUGCUGACCAAUGAGAAUCCCGAAGCGGUGGGAUUCAUUACGGCUGUCAUGGGGAUUUCCCAGCUCCUGGCAUCUAUCCCCACAGGCUAUGUGGCAGAUAAAUACAGAAGAGAUGUCAUGCUCAAGGUGGCUUCAGCAGUGGGGUUGCUGGCCAUUUGUUUUACUCUGUUGGAGAUGUAUGCCAGUCAGAACUCCUACACAUUUCUGGUGGUGGCACUGGCUAUAUGGGGAGUAUUCUGGGGCAUUGCCAAUACGUCACUGGGAGCUUUAUUUGCUGAUUCCAUUGCAGAUGGAGACCGGUCCUACUACUUUACACAACGGUCUAUUCUGAUUAAUUUGGGAAACACAGUGGGACCCUCCAUGGCUUUGGCCAUGUUUUUCUUCUUGGGGGACCAUUGGACAGUCCAUGAUUGUGCCGUGGUAAUGAGUUUUGGGCAAGCUGUUUGCCUACCAGCUGUCCUACUCUUGGCCCUCUUCAGUGACGAUGAGGUUCCUGCUUGUGGCCAAGAAAGACACAAUUCUGCUUCUGCAAGUGAAGUACCAUCGGCACAGCAACAAGAAACCAACCAACAAGGAAGCCUUGCUGAUAUGAUUGAGCCACUUUUGCCAGCAAGUCCAGCUGGGGGGCAACAUCAGCAACCAAAAAUUCAACUCAUUGGUUGUCCAGAAGCAGACGUUGUCGAAAACAGUGCUGAUGUUGAAAAUGACCUUCUAUUGAAUGAUCACGGAACUGCACCAUCAUCCUCAUCAUCAUGUGCCCAACAAUCUGCAGAAGAAAACGUUGAGUUCUUUUUUUGUUGCGUACCCAAGCAUCGUGUUGCUCCAGUACUCAUCAGCAUGGCAGAUUUGACAUCUGGCCUCGCAUCUGGCAUGUCCAUCCGAUACUUCCCAAUCUUUUUCGUCAAGCGUUUGCAUUUGAGUCCUGUCCAUGUCCAAGUACUGUAUCUUUUGGCUCCUCUACUGCAAGCCUGCCUCAUGAGAUCUGGUCAACACUUUUCAAAACAAUAUGGUCGCUGCCAAGUCACUGUGGCACACAAAUGGAUUGGAAUAACCUUCAUGAUGCUGCUGGUCAUUUUUGCCCAUUUGAACCUUCCUGCAUGGAUCAUUUGUGUUGUCUAUGUGCUUCGAACAGCAUUCAUGAAUUCCACAACUCCAUUGACUAAGAGUGUUCUGAUGGACAAUGUCCCAACUCAUGAGAGAGGUCGCUGGAGUGUCCUUGAGUCGGUCAACAUGUUUUCUUGGUCGGGAAGUGCUGCUUUCGGUGGUUUCCUUGUUUCACUGCACGGUCUGUUGUUCAACUUUUGUGUUACAGCAACCAUGCAGUUUCUGGCAACAUUACCUGUCAUUGCACUGGCAUUGACAGUUAAUGUAGACGAAGGGCGCGUAAACAGCACUGCUGGUGGCCUACAGCAACAACAAUCUUCAGUGGCAUCAUCUUCGGAACAAGAAGAACGAAGUCAAAGUGCACGCCCCACAAGAGACUGAUCAAGAUGGACGAAGAAAGUGCUCGGGAUGACACGUAGCUCGAUGCAGAGUCGACGGGAGACCACCAGAAGACACUGUGACACUGUGACACUUUGACCCAUCCAUAUUGCCUACUACGGCAGUUGAUGUGGUAGCUUGAAGCGGAUCAAUGAAUUCGCUCUACUAGGUUGAUUCUUUCCGUUGCACACGGUAGAGCCCGAGGUGCCUCAUCGCAACUCAGACCAAGCAACUCUCGAACCAGUUCCAUCUUUUACCUUCUGCAACCUUGAGACUAACCAUCUAAGCUUUGACCAACACUAGCUAGCUAGUAGAUCCCAGUACCGCCCGCCUUUUAGUUUCCAAAGCUGCGGGUAUCAUAGAGCUCCACGAAUACAGGUAUUGCACCGGAGUUGUUCUGCGUUGUGGCCGCAGUAGCUGCCACAGUUCUAGCCAGAGUACACGCACAUGUACUUACUUGUAGACAACUUUGGAGUUCAGAGCGUUGCGGUGAAAUAUAGUUUAUACAAAAAUGUGGUGUACAAAGAAACUUUAACCUCAUAUUUACCACAACUACCUUUCCAAACCUGUCUGCCUUGCGGCUGUAACGCUGUAACUAGCUAC